AAAGAACAAAGGCCAACCUGUUGGGAAUUACAUCAAAUGAUAUAGUUGGUAGAAAUUGCAAACGAGUACUAUAUAUUACAUUCUUAUGUGAAUUCCAAACGAUGCAAUAAUGGUGGAAAGUGAUGGAGCUCGACCAGACGAUCCAGAAAAACAAGUUACGAAUGGAGACCUGAAGGGGGACAAGGUAAUAGAAAACAAUGAAGAACGGCCAUGCUGCUGUGCGUGCUGUUCUUGUUGCACAUGUGUCAACUUUUUAAAGGUGCUAUUACUGAUUCUCUUGACUCCUAUAAUUCUGGCACUGAUUAUCGUGACAAUAGCCGUGUGGAUUGUCAUUCUUCCCCUGAUGUGCCUAUCCCCAUGCUGCUCACCAUGUCUCACUGGUCUUGGAAAGUUAGUCAAGUGGAUCACAAACCUGCCUAUCAGAUUCAUCCGCUGGUUAUUUGACACACCCGAGCCAGUGGAUGACAAGGAGCGGUUGGUUGAAAUGAAGGACAAGUCAGAAUAUGGCAGUGUUGGUUCUGACGAUUCACAUGAACAUAUCAAAACGAAGAAAUCAGGGGUCAAACCAAAGUAGUUUAGGAGAACCCAGCAUGAUAAUAUCGAUACCAGUUCAAUACACGUUUACCUUCAGUGUAUGUGUUACACCCACCCCCAUGUAUUUCACCUUCCCAUCACAAGGGGGCACAUAGUCUUGAGGCAAGACUAGCUUCAGUGUUUCAUGUUGAGAACUAGAAUUUGAAGUUUCAAGUCUAAUGAAACGAUUUUACAUGGUAAUUGAAAAAUAUGUUGGGACUUUUUUACACAGUACAAUAUAUUCUGGAUGUAUUGUGGGAAUGCCUCUUUUAGACAAAUGCUAAACUUUCAAGAUUUGUAACUGGUGCUUGUAAAUAAACCUUUUUGAAGACUUGUCUCUCUAGAACUAGAUGGGGUUUUUUUUUUGGGG